GGCCAGGGGCCGGCCAUGUCCGCUCGCGCCCCGGUGCCCGCCGCCGCCCCCCGGGAGGACCCGCCCGCCGUGGCCGGCGACCGGGACGCGCUGUUGGCAGCGGCAGGCCGGCGGGCGGAGCAGCCGGCGCCCGGCGAGCGGGAGGGCAAGGAGGCGAGGGAGGAGCGGGCCGCGGCCGCCACCAGCGCGGGGGCGCGGGGAGAGCCGUCGCCGGCGCUCGUGCUGGGACACAGCGUGCCGCAAGCGGCCGUGCCCGUGAGGCCGCUGGCGCUGCACCUGGCGCACAAGGCGCGCGCGCCCGGGGGUCCCUUCGGUGGGGAGGCCCCUCCGCCGCCGCCGCCGCCGCCGCCUGCGCCGCGGGACCCACCGGAGGAGGCCCGCGAGGACCCAGGGGCCGCCGGCCCCGAGGACAAGCCGCCGCCGCCGCUGCCGCCGCCAAAGGGAAACCCGUGGACCAAGAAGCCGCCGCAGCACCUGUCCCCCGUGGGCACCGGCGCGCCGCCGCCCGCUCAGGACGCCGCGGAGGCCGAGCUCAGUUCCCCAAAAAUUAUAAAAGCGGGAAAACUCAAGACAAAGAAAUCCAACAAGGCUAGUGAUUUCAGUGAUAUGGCAAACUGGCCAACACCAGGUGAAUUGGUGAACACAGGGUCUCAGAGUGUUAUCAACCAAGGAAAUAAGAAGCCACAAAUUAGAAAAGAAAAAGAAGAGAAGAUUGAAAAAAGAAGCAACAGUGAGAGCAAAGAGAAUCGGGAAGCAAAACUAGAUGGUCCUGUUGAGACUGUCAGCGAGGAUGAGGCUCAGUCAAGCAGCCAGCGGAAGAGAGCUAAUAAGCACAAAUGGGUACCACUCCACUUAGAUGAUGUGAGACCAGACAGCCAGGAAAGACCUGGGUCCCGGAACAGCUCUAGAUGUCAACCUGAAGCAAAUAAACCAGCACACAGUAAUAGGAAAAGUGAUACACGAAGUUGGAGACGGGAUAGAGAAAAGAGAGACGAUCAAGAUGAAGUGUCCAGUGUGAGGAGUGAGGGUGGUACCAUCCGAGGUGCCGCUAGAGGCCGGGGAAGAGGCCGGGGCCGAGGAAGAGGCCGAGGCCGAGGAAACCCUAGAUUGAACUUUGAUUAUUCAUACGGAUAUCGAGAGCCAGGGGAAAGGGCUGGUCAGCCAUUUCCCCCAGAGCCCAACAGCAGCAUGAUGUACUACUACGAUGACGGCACAGGCGUGCAGGUGUACCCUGUGGAGGAGGCGCUGCUGAAAGAAUACAUUAAGCGCCAAAUUGAGUAUUAUUUCAGCAUAGAGAAUUUGGAGCGGGACUUCUUUCUUCGCAGAAAGAUGGAUGAACAGGGAUUCCUGCCCAUUUCCCUGAUUGCUGGCUUUCACCGUGUGCAGGCUCUCACCACAAACCUUAAUCUCAUCUUGGAGGCACUUAAGGAUAGCACAGAAGUAGAAAUUGUGGAUGAAAAAAUGAGGAAAAAGAUAGAACCAGAAAAAUGGCCAAUCCCAGGCCCUCCUCCACGAAAUGUGCCACAAACAGACUUCUCUCAGUUGAUUGAUUGUCCAGAGUUCAUACCAGGCCAAGCCUUUGGCUCCCAUACAGAGUCUGCCCCAAACUCUCCAAGAAUUGGAAGUCCAUUGAGCCCAAAGAAAAAUACUGAAACAAGUACCUUCCGAGUGAUAUCUAGAGGUUUGUCUAGCAGCUUACCUGACCUGGACGCAGAACCAUGGGUAGAAGUAAAAGAAAGGCAUCGUCCAUCCGCAGUGGCAUUGAAGGAAUCAAUAUGUGUUCCUGAAGAGACACCAAAUCAACUAAACUUUCAAGAAGUAUCAGAACAAGAGGAACUUGGCUUUUUGUUUGAUGAAGAGACGGAAAGAAGGAAAAACACAUUUACUGAUUGGUCUGAUAAUGAUUCAAACUACGAAACUGAUGACAAAGAUUUAAACAAGAUUUUGAUUGUAACUCAGACAGGGAUAGCACCUUCUAUGAGAAAGCACCCUGAAGUAGAUCAAACAGGCACCCAAGUAUCACGAGCAAAACUUACCUCAGAACUUGCUGAAGUGAUUAAUGACGGCUUGUAUUGCUAUGAACAGGAUCUGUGGACAGAAGGUGAAAAUACACACACAGCCAUAAAGGUAAUGAUUCCUGGUCAGCAUCUUUCAGCUGACAGUUCACAUUGGAAUAGGAUGGAGAUAAACAGUGCCAUGUGCUACCUAUGGUUCUGCAGCCACACUGAUGAAGCAAAUGGGUGUACCGGUGCUCCAGUCAAUGAGAGCUGUAUACCAGUAGAUGCUGAAAGCAGACUUUGGCCUUGUUCAGAAAUGACUCCAGCACUGAUGGCUUGCACAAUGCCCUUUGCAGUCCCUGAUUCUCCCAGGAUUCAUCCUGCAGGGACUCCCAGAGCACAUCCAAUGCCCCGACUGCAAGAUCCAAACAAAACACUGAGGUUUUAUCCUGUCGUCAAAGAACCAAGAGCCACCGAUGCAAAGAGUCCACGAAAGAGGAAGACAAGUCACGGCACAAACCCCUCUCUAGAGUAUCACGUUGGGUGGGUGAUGGAUUCCAGGGACCACAGGCCAAGACCACCACCCUCUGUCAGCAGUUCAAGUGCCUCACCUUCAGAAGGCGCGCCACUCACAGGAAGCUGCAGCUGCACUCCGCACUCAUUCCCGAAGCUCCAGCACCCUUCUCAUGAGCUGCUGAAGGAGAACGGCUUCACCCAACAAGUAUACCACAAGUAUCGCCGAAGGUGCUUAAGCGAGAGAAAACGCAUGGGAAUUGGACAGUCACAGGAAAUGAACACCCUCUUUCGUUUCUGGUCCUUCUUCCUCAGAGACCACUUCAAUAGGAAAAUGUAUGAGGAAUUUAGACAACUUGCUUGGGAAGAUGCAAAAGAGAAUUACAGGUAUGGAUUAGAAUGUCUGUUCAGGUUUUAUAGUUAUGGACUGGAAAAAAAAUUCAGGCAAGAAAUUUUUAAGGAUUUUCAAGAAGAAACCAAAAAAGACUACGAAUCUGGCCAGCUAUAUGGACUGGAAAAAUUUUGGGCCUAUCUGAAAUAUUCUCAAUCUAAGACCCACUCUGUAGACCCAAAACUUCAGGAAUACCUCUGUAGUUUUAAGAAGCUAGAAGACUUCCGUGUUGAGCCCCCUAUUAGUGAGGAACUUGGAAGAAAAAGACAUUCAUCUACUUCUGGGGAGGAGAGUAAUCGCCAAAGACCUCCAUCUCACUCCUCCGCAACAACACCAAGCGCUGCUAAGCCCAUGUCUGCCAGUGACCACCUGCAUGUCCCACCAAAUAUGCCCAGGAGGAAUCCACAGGAGCCCAGCGACAACUCGCACCGCAACAGUGCUGUCUUGGCCUCUAGGGUUGAAGCACCAGGGAAGUAGACACUUACACAAGAGUUGUGUGUUCUUGACAUCAGCACAGGCUUCAGCAUGUAUGUGGGAAGAGCUUCUGAUGUUUAGCUGUGGAAAUCAGAAAAACAAAAGGGAAGAAAAAUGGUAGUCCUUUUUUUUUCCCUAGCAAGAUAAAUUCCACAUGUUUUCCCUGAUUCUACAAACGAGGUCUGGUUACCUUAGAAGAUCCUGUAGUGAUGAACUUUGGCCUCAGGUUUUCUCAAAGGCCAAAGGCCAAGAACAAACUCCUUUAA